AUGGACGCGGACGCUACGCCCAAACGGCCCUACGAGAAGAUUAUAAUCGUAGGCGCCGGCCCCGCGGGGCUCAUCCUGGCCCUGCUCCUCUCCCACCACAACAUCCCCUCGCUGGUCCUCGAAGCCUGGCCGGGCCUCGACACGCGCCUGCGCGCGACGCAAUACGGCGUGCCCGCCACGCGCGUCUUCGCGCGCGCCGGCAUCCUCGCUGAGAUCCGCGAGGCCAGCAUCCCGAGCUUCCCGCGGAUAACCUGGCGGCGCGUCGCGGACCACGCGGAGCUGGCGCACCUUGACAUGAGCUGCAUCGCCGAUCAUCCCGAUCGCAUGACCAUCAUGCCGCUGGGCGAGAUGAUUAAGAUCAUCUAUCGGCAUUGCGUGGAAGAAUCCAGGGGGCUGGUCGAGGUCAGGUUUGGGCAUCGGGUGGUGGGCGUGGGGCAGGAUGGGGGGAAGGCCUGGGUAGAUAUCGAGGUCGGGGAGGUGAGAGAGCGGAGGAAGAUAGAGGCUGAUUAUGUGGUUGGGUGUGAUGGGGGCACGAGUACUGUGCGGAAGUCUUUGUUUGGGAGGGAUUGGCCUGGUCAGACGUUUGACUGCCAGUUCAUCGUACAGAAUAUCUGGUAUGACGGCUUCGAGAAGUACGGUUGGGACGGCGGGAACUACAUGGUCGACCCGGGCUCCUGGGGUCUGGUUGCGAAGCGCGGAAAAGGAGGCAUGUGGCGUGUGACGAUGGGGGAUAAGCCGGGCUAUACCGAGGACGAGUACCUCAAGAGGCGAGAAGCGCACAUCAAGCGCAUGCUGCCUGGACACCCGGAUCCAGGCGACUACCGAAUAGGCGACACGAACAUGUACAAGAUACACAACCGAUGCGUGGAGUCGAUGAGGGUAGGCCGCGUGCUGCUGGCGGCGGACGCGGCACACAUCUGCAAUCCAAUGGGCGGAUAUGGCUGCAUGACUGCGGUGGUGGAUGUGGACGGGCUUGCUGAUUGCCUGGUCGGGUUAUACGAGGGUAAGGCCGGUGAGGAGAUUCUGGAUACGUAUGCACGGGUUCGACGGGAUAUCUUCCUCAAGUACGUCGACCAGAGGAGCAUCAAAAACUUGAAUCGAGUUGCGAAGUCAGACCCCUGGACGGUUAGGGAUACGGAUCCGUUCUUCGAGCUGGUUAGAGGUUAUGAGCAUGACGUUGAGAAAAGGAAGGCGUUCUUGCUGAAGGUGCAGAGUAUCGAAUACGACUUCAAGCAGCAUUACACUACACCCAAGAACAAGUCGCGCAGUACUUGA